AUGGAGCUUGAAACCGUCCCUAAUACUGGCGGUAAAACCAUGAGCAAAACCUUCUGUGUGGACUCAAACGACGGGUCCGGCCCGGAAGAGUUUUUGGGCCAAAGCCCGUUUUUCCUGUCGGUGAAUGAGGCAAAGCAGCACGAAAAGCCGCAGAUAGUGAUUAGUAUUGCCGAUAAGUACUUGUUGAUGACGUGGCAGUGGCCGUUGUUUGUGAGGAGAGGAUUGAGGAAUUGGAACAAAAAUACUGUGCCGGUCGGGAGAAGCUUGAUGAGGUUGCCGAUGGCAGUUAGGGUCGACUGGGUUCGGGUUCGGGUGAAAGUUAUUAUCCAGAGUGAUUACAGAUUAGGCCGAGUUCUAUAC